UAUAAAACAGGAUUAUACAAAGUUUACAAUUGCUUUGGAUGAGUGUACUUCACAACAGCGUUAACAAGGACAGCCAGACAUCCUGUAUUUGCUAAAGCAAGACCGACUGACGUACCAUGGCUUUACGGAAUCCGCGACUGUCUCUCCAUGUUCAUGAUAUAGCAAAGAGAAAGGUAGUUAAGACUGACCUCGAACCGUUAUCCCAGUACCUCUGGGAACAGACCGAGUCCACAAGACAAAAAGCAUUAGCUACAUAUUUUGUCCAGGGAGUAGGCAAAGGAAACUUGAAUCCAACAGCCUUUGGGGGAUUCAUGGUACAGGACUCUGUCUAUUGUUACAAGGCCAAAGGCUCUAUUGAUGUGGCUGCUAGUAGAGCCCAGGAAGGAGACCUUAAAGCGUAUCUGCAAAAAGAGUCGGGGAGUUAUGAAAGUUAUUACCAAGAUCUCUUUACAAAGUGGCACAUCAAGGACGCAACAGGUAUCGACCUCGAUCCGGCCUGUCAGUCCUACGCAGAGUACGAGCAUUUGGUCGCUUCUACAAAGGACACCAUCUACAUGAUAGUAGCAAUGAUUCCAUGCAUGAAGUUGUGGCCCUGGCUUGGACAGCAACUGCAAACGUUUAAUCACGGUGUAUAUACGGACUGGUACAACGCCAAUUUUGAUCCUACCUACGACGGGUAUAAGCAGCUAGACGAAUUUGUGGAUACCGCAGGGACCACUAUUGAUAAGGAAACGGCUUUAAAAGUGUACAGCAGGUGCAUGGAAGGUGAAUACGAGUUUUUCAACUCGGCUCAACUCAUGAUGUAGAAGACCCACUCGGAACUUGUCGGCCGAUACGCAUUCGGAAUACCCUUUCGUCAUUUUCUACGAAACUAUGCUAGGUAGCAAAGAUAGCAAAGGCGAUGUGUUCCGAAUGGGCCGAUACGGAAGGAACUGGAAUCGGGCGAGGUGUUCCGAAUGGUAGAAGACCAUGCUGCUUACCGGACCUUCACCCUGUAGUGAUAUGCAUGACAGAAGGACAUUGAACGUAUGCAGUGAUCAUAUCUUUAUAGCACUAAGCUGGCUUCAUCUUUGUGACGGUAUCUAGAUAUCAAAGUUAUAAAUGUGCUUGAUUCUGUUAUAGUAAACUAAUUGUAAUGAUUAUUGUUAUGCCAUGUACAAAUAUUAAAUGAUAUUUUACCACAUAAGUUUACGGUAAUCUGCAUAUUUCAUAAGCUACAACAAUAACGAUUGUACACACUACUAGUAAAUAUGUUCCAUGCAAUACGAUUACAGAUCAAUAUCAGCUAUAAAUAACGAAUUUAUUAUUUAGGGGCAUCAAUAUUUUGACGUCGUAAGGGCAUAUCAAAAAUAGAGUCCAGCAAUGUACACAAACCUAUAUUUGAUUAUUUUUAAUAAUUGUGAUUGAUCUCAUAUCACAUAUUAUCUGGAUGAUUAAAAGAUGAAUAUCCCAAAUGAAAUGCAGUAAAACCUUGAUCGCAAUAUACACCCCUCGCUGAAUUUGCCGUCUCGAUUACUGCCCGAAAAUUUCAAGGUUCUGCUUUUCCUUGGUUUCUUAAAUUCUCUUAUACACCUUCCUCGAUGUAUUGCCAAAAUAUUCUAAUAAGCCUAACUUUUUCUAAACAGAUAAUGGAAGAAUAACGAGGUUUUACUUUCGCAUGUAAAGUUUAAGGAUUUGGAUUCAAGAGGACAAACAUAUAAACGCAAUAGGGUUUUUUUACGCAUUCAGUACAUGUCAACAAAGCCAAAUUGUCGUGUUCAUUUAAAUUUUAACUGGCAUAUACUCACACAUUAACAUUUCUCUCCUCUUAAGAUGUCCAGUAAUCUAAGGUAGAUUUUAUCACACAAAUUCCACUACAAUAACACACAAGACAUACCGCAGAGCCAACAACAAUGGAUAAAUCAGAACUCGGUACUCAAAGUCGACCCACGAAGAAAGAACGACCAUAGACUACAUACAUUAUACGCAAGAGCAUGAUAAGGAAAAAAGUGACGAUACCAUAUGCUGCUGAAUGGUCAACGUUUUCUAAAUUCAAUUUACCAUCCGUCAUGGUGUCUGCUGUAAAUUCCAGGAAAUAUGUAACCAGGUAUGAAAACACUUGAACCCCGUAGUUUCAAAUCAGUGUAGAAUGCAGUAAUUCUAAGAGUUCUUUUUAGUUUCUUCAUCUCCUAAGAAAAUGAAGAAUAUGGAACUCUUCUUCGCAGUUAUAACUACGUUUGUACACUUCAUUAUAACUACCAUUAUAUGCAAAUAUUCAUAUACCUGCUUUAUUGCAUAAUAAAUCAUGGUUUACCUG